AUGCGCCUGCCCAGCGAGCUGGGCGCGGCCCUGCCGCACCUGCGCCACCUGACCGUUGCCGGGUACCGCAACGGCGGCCACGGGCUCGAGGGGCUGCUCAGCUGCCGCGGGCUGCGGUCGCUGGCCCUGGUCGGCGUCUACUGCAGCGCGCUGCCGGGGCUGGGGCCGCUGAGCCGCCUGGGGCGCCUGGAGGCCCUGUCACUGCGCGGCUGCGACCAGCUGACGGACCUCCCGCUCGGCAGCCGCCUCGCGUCCCUCACUUCCCUAGAGGUACGCGCCUGCCCGGCGCUCUUCUCCCUCGCGGGGCAGCAGCCCGCCGCCGCCGCACAGCACGCGGCGCUCAUCAACUUUGUGGAGUGGGCCGCCGGCCGCCUGCCUGGCCUGGGGGAGCUCUCAAACCUGGAGAGCCUCGACCUGAGCCGCAGCUCGACGCUGCGGCGGCUGCCGGCCGGCGUGGCGCGCCUGUCGCGCCUGACGCGGCUCGCGGCCGACGGCUGCCGCCUGGACGACUGCGAGGGCGCGGCGGCUGGCGGCGCGCUGGCGCCGCUGCUGGGCUGCGGGGCGCUAGAGGCGCUGUCGCUGAGGGGCGUGACGGGCGUGCCGGCAGAGGCGGCGCUGCCGGCGGGCAUUGGCAAUCUGUCGAGGCUGCAGGUCCUGGACAUCGGCGGCUCCAGCCGCUUCGCCCCCCUGCCAGAAUCUGUCGCCACCCUGCCCGCACUGCGGUCCAUUGUGCUGCCUCGCGGGAUGACGGGCCCGGGCAGCCCGCACAGCCACGUGCUGGCGCGGCUGCAGGCGCGCGGCGGUGGCGGCGCUGAUGGCGGCGCCCCCGGCCUGGUCGUCCUCACCGAGGGUUAG